AUGAAGAUCGCUGCCAUCUUCCUGAGCGCCUUCUGCGCCGCUGCUCUCGGCAUCCCUCUCGGCGACCAUGUCCAGCACGAGAAGCGUGAGGCGCACCCUCUCCUCCGCAAGUCGACCGUCAAAGUCGACGGCGGUGCCAUCAUUCCUGCCCGUAUUGCCCUGAAGCAGCGCAACCUUGAGCACGGAAUGAAGCUACUUCUGGGCGUUUCUGACCCUUCCUCCCCCAACUAUGGCAAGCACUACACCUCUGAGGAGGUUACCGAGCUCUUUGCUCCGGAUGACGCCUCCAUCGACAAGGUCACCCAGUGGCUGAAGGAUGCCGGCAUCAACAACGUCUCUGUGCCCAAGAGCAGAGGCUUCGUUGACUUCAAGACGACUGCUGACAAGCUGGAGUCGCUCCUUCAAACCAAGUAUCACAUCUACGACCACACCAAGACUGGCGCGCAGCAGAUGGGUGCCGACGCUUACCACCUGCCUCGUGCCAUUUCCGAGGUUGUCGACUUCGUCGCUCCCGGUAUCGUCACUGGAACUGUUCAGAAGCGCGAAGAGCCCAAGCCUCGCCGGGUUUCCCGCUUCAAGCCCCUCCCCGGCGGCAAGGCGGCCACUGGCUGCGACACCGUCAUCAGCCCGCAGUGCAUCGCGGACAAGUACAAGAUUCCCCAGGCGACCUUGAACGCCACCAGCAACCGUCUCGGAAUUUACGAGAGCGACAGCGAAAUGCACCAGCAGUCGGACCUGGACGCCUUCUACCAGGCCUACGCCUCCAACAUUCCCCAGGGAACAGGCCCUGUGAUUGACCUCAUCGACUGGAACGGCGCGCAGCCCGACCCCAGCCAGGCCGUGGGCGAGGCCGCGCUCGACUUUGACAUGGCAAUCCCCAUCAUCUACCCUCAGCAGACUGAGGUGUUCCAGACCAAGGACAACUACAGCAACCAAACCCCAGGAUUCCUCAACGUCUUCCUCGAUGCCAUUGAUGGCUCGUACUGCACAUCCACCGCCUACGGCGAGACGGGUGAUGACCCCAACGUCGACGGCACGACCCAGAACGAGAUGUGCGGCAAGUUCACGCCCACCAACGUCAUCUCCCUCUCCUACGGCCUCACCGAGGCCAGCUGGCCCGUCAACUACCAGAAGCGCCAGUGUGACGAGUACAUGAAGCUUGGUCUUCAGGGUGUCACCAUCGUCUUCUCCUCCGGUGACGGCGGUGUUGCCGGUGGCCACGGCGGUGAUUGCCAGGGCAGCAACGGCGACAUCUUCAACCCCGCCGCUCCCGGCUCCUGCCCAUACGUCACCUCGGUCGGCGCCACGUACAUCCCCAAGGGCAACUCGCUCGACGACACCGAGGUGGCCGUCGCCAGCUUCGGUAGCGGCGGUGGCUUCAGCAACAUCUGGGAGCAGCCCGACUACCAGAAGGACGCCGUCUCCUCGUGGUUCAAGAACAGCGACCCCGGCUUCCCCAACUACUCGACCAAGGACGGCGUGGUCCCCACCGACGGCGGCAUCUACAACAAGGCCGGCCGUGGCUUCCCCGACGUCUCGGCGCUCGGCGACAACGGCGCCGUCGUCUUCAACGGCAAGAAGGGCACCAGCGGCGGCACCUCCAUGUCGGCACCCAUCUUCGCGGCCAUCAUCAACCGCAUCAACGAGGAGCGCAUCGCCAACAGCAAGAAGCCCCUCGGCUUCAUCAACCCGGCGCUGUACAAGAACCCAUCCAUGUUCAACGACGUCACCUCGGGCGACCAGAGCGGCGGAGACGGCAACUGCAACGGCAAGGGCUUCAGCGCGGCUUCCGGCUGGGACCCCGUUACUGGCCUGGGCACGCCCAAGUACCCUGAGAUGCUUGCGUACCUCAAGGACUUGUAA